AUGGUAGCGGAACCCAAGUCGUUCAUCCAGCCAUUGGCUCAUUGGUGGGGCAUGCAUGGUACCUCCAAGAACGUGCUCGGCCAUCGAGAUGGACGUAAACAUCAACGCUUCGUGCUCAACUGCAUUGCUUUAGUAUACACGAUAAUGUUAUUUGAAAUCCAUCGACAACGGGCCCACCCUGUCGACCCUGCGAUUGGGGCUGUCUGCACUCCCCCACCUCCGUCUAGCCCGUGCAGCGCGAUUAAACUGAACGUCGACUUCCCUGGCUACGACCUCACCAACAUCCCCAGCAGCACUCCCCCGCGGUCGCUGUGA